AUGUCCGUGACUGUCACGGAGAACGACCCGCCGAGGUUCUUCGUCGGGGGAGAAGACAGCGAGGAAUUGCUGGACUCGGCCAGGUCCGCGGAUUACGAUCGCUUCUACGGCCAUGCGGAGGAGGAGGAGGAGGAGUAUGACUCUCCGCCAGAAAGACAGAUUUUGGUUGGGAUUUGUUCAAUGGCUAAGAAAUCUAAGUCCAAACCAAUGAAGGAAAUUCUUGAACGCCUCUCCAUGUUUAAAUACAUAACUGUUGUAAUAUUUGAAGAGGAUGUCAUUUUGAAUGAGCCAGUAGAAAACUGGCCUGCAUGUGACUGUCUCAUUUCCUUUCAUUCUAAAGGUUUUCCACUGGACAAAGCAGUCGCCUACGCAAAACUCAGGAAUCCGUUUGUAAUCAAUGACUUGAAUAUGCAGUAUCACAUACAAGACAGGAGAGAAGUAUACAGUAUUCUUAAGGCUGAAGGCAUUUUACUUCCUCGUUAUGCAAUUCUAAACCGUGACCCAAACAAUCCUCAAGAAUGCAGUUUGAUUGAAGGAGAAGAUCAUGUGGAGGUGAAUGGGGAGAUUUUCCAAAAACCUUUUGUAGAAAAGCCAGUCAGUGCUGAGGACCACAAUGUUUACAUUUAUUACCCAACAUCUGCUGGGGGUGGAAGCCAGAGGCUCUUUCGAAAGAUUGGCAGCCGAAGCAGUGUUUAUUCCCCUGAAAGCAGUGUGAGAAAAACAGGCUCCUAUAUUUAUGAGGAAUUCAUGCCUACAGAUGGCACUGAUGUGAAGGUGUACACAGUAGGUCCAGACUAUGCUCAUGCUGAAGCCCGAAAGUCUCCAGCUCUGGACGGCAAAGUGGAACGAGACAGUGAAGGAAAAGAAGUGAGAUAUCCAGUCAUCCUGAAUGCCAGAGAGAAGUUAAUUGCAUGGAAAGUAUGCCUUGCCUUCAAGCAAACAGUUUGCGGCUUUGAUUUAUUGCGUGCUAAUGGCCAGUCCUAUGUCUGUGAUGUGAAUGGCUUCAGUUUUGUGAAGAACUCCAUGAAAUACUAUGAUGAUUGUGCUAAGAUACUUGGAAAUAUCAUAAUGAGAGAACUUGCUCCCCAGUUUCAGAUUCCAUGGUCGAUUCCUUUGGAAGCUGAAGACAUCCCUAUUGUGCCAACCACUUCUGGAACAAUGAUGGAGCUUAGAUGUGUUAUAGCUGUAAUACGUCAUGGGGACCGAACACCAAAACAAAAAAUGAAAAUGGAAGUCAAACAUCAACGAUUUUUUGAUCUCUUUGAAAAAUGUGAUGGAUACAAAUCUGGAAAACUAAAAUUGAAAAAGCCCAAACAAUUACAGGAAGUCCUUGAUAUAGCAAGGCAACUUCUUGUGGAACUUGGGCAAAACAACGAUUCUGAAAUUGAAGAAAGUAAAGCAAAACUUGAACAGCUAAAGACUGUGUUGGAAAUGUAUGGGCAUUUUUCGGGGAUAAAUCGCAAAGUCCAGCUAACAUAUCUUCCUCAUGGUUGCCCCAAAACGUCCAGUGAAGAGGAAGACAACAGAAGAAACGAGCCGUCCCUGCUGCUGGUCCUGAAGUGGGGAGGAGAGCUGACCCCGGCAGGCAGGGUUCAAGCGGAGGAGCUGGGCAGGGCUUUCAGGUGCAUGUAUCCAGGUGGACAAGGUUGCUUUGAGCUGCCUAAGCUGUGGCUGCUGCCGGAGGGCGGUACGGAGCUCUGCGCCUCCGACGGGGGCCGCGUGCAGAUGACGGCGGCCGCCUUUGCCAAGGGACUACUGGCCUUAGAGGGUGAGCUGACUCCUAUUCUUGUCCAGAUGGUGAAGAGUGCUAACAUGAAUGGUCUCUUGGACAGUGACAGUGAUUCCUUAAGCAGCUGCCAGCAUCGUGUUAAAGCAAGACUCCAUGAAAUUCUCCAGAGGGACAGGGAUUUUACUGCUGAUGAUUAUGAUAAGCUUACUCCAUCUGGAAGCAUCUCUUUGAUAAAAUCGAUGCAGGUUAUCAAAAAUCCUGUAAAGACGUGUGACAAGGUCUAUUCCUUAAUCCAGAGCUUGACUUCUCAGAUCAGGCAAAGAAUGGAAGAUCCAAAGUCUGCAGAUAUUCAGUUGUACCACAGUGAAACACUAGAACUGAUGCUGCGCAGGUGGGCCAAGUUGGAAAAAGACUUCAAAACAAAGAAUGGAAGAUACGACAUUAGCAAAAUUCCUGAUAUUUAUGACUGUAUAAAAUAUGAUGUUCAGCACAAUUGUUCCUUAAAAUUAGAAAACACAAUGGAAUUAUACAGGCUUUCAAAGGCUUUAGCUGACAUUGUGAUUCCUCAGGAGUAUGGUAUUUCCAAGGCUGAGAAACUAGAGAUUGCCAAAGGUUACUGCACUCCUCUAGUUAGAAAAAUUCGUUCUGACCUUCAGAGAACUCAAGAUGAUGAUACUGUAAAUAAGCUUCACCCCCUCUACUCGCGGGGCGUUAUGUCCCCUGAGCGGCACGUUCGCACACGGCUGUAUUUCACCAGCGAGAGUCAUGUUCAUUCCUUGUUAUCCACCCUUCGCUAUGGUGCCUUAUGUGAUGAGUCAAAAGAUGAACAGUGGAAGCGAGCUAUGGAUUACCUGAAUGUUGUCAAUGAACUCAAUUACAUGACACAGAUUGUUAUCAUGCUUUAUGAGGAUCCAAACAAGGAACUUUCUUCAGAGGAACGUUUUCAUGUAGAGCUGCACUUUAGUCCAGGAGCCAAAGGCUGUGAGGAAGAUAAAAAUUUACCAGCUGGAUAUGGAUAUAGACCUGCCUCCCGAGAGAAUGAAGGCUCGAAGAAAACCUCCCAUAGAAAUGAUAGUGAUGAGGAGGCACAUGCUUCUAAAAGGGAUGAAACAGAUCGGUCAGUAGUGAUGUUCAAGCCAAUGGUGUCAGACCCAAUUCACAUACACAGAAAGUCACCUCUUCCAAGAUCCAGGAAGAUUGGUUCUGUUGAAGAAGAGAGCCCCCUGAGUGUGUCUAGCCCAGAGUGUAUUGGUACCUGGCUGCAUUACACCAGUGGUGUGGGUACUGGGCGUCGAAGACGCAGAUCAGGGGAACAAAUCACUUCUUCCCCUGUCUCCCCUAAAUCAUUGGCUUUCACAUCCAGUAUUUUUGGCUCAUGGCAACAGGUCCUAUCAGAGAGCAAUAGUAAUUUACGAACACCAAGAACUAUUCUGGAACAAAAGCAGGCUGGUCUAGGGUCUCAGUGUGCGGGCCUGUUUAGCACCUCAGUGCUCGGGGGUUCUUCGAGUGCACCUAACCUACAGGAUUAUGCUCGUACUCAUCGUAAAAAGCUGACUUCUUCUGGCUUCGUAGAUGGUAUGUGCACACUCGCGCACAUGCACGCACCAACCCACGGGCCACAUUAAGCUUCUAAAGAUAAAUCCGAGGUUACUGAUUUUCAUGGAAUCCUAGAAUCCUUUGCCUUAGUAUUAAUUGUAUGAGUUUCCGUUGCUUUUGUAUUGCCCGUAGCUUGCUUGUGUUUGAUUUAAUAGCGUAGUUAAUUCUUGUUACUCUCCUGAAUUGAACGCUAGCUCACAGGCUUGCAAUACAUGCCAAGAGAUUUCAGCAAGUGCCCCUUUUCAAUACACUAAAUUUUACGUUUUGAAAUUCUUUUUCUCAUUUCAAGCUUCUGGUUUUAUCAUUUCUUAUUGGUCUUGAACUAA